CUCAGUCGCUGCUCGGCGUUUCCCCCGACAGGGCCGGGCUCGGAGGUUGGGUAGGCCUCACGGCGAGCCUCGGCCUCGCGUAGCGCGCCCAGUCGGGCGAUGACGGCGCCGCUGCCGCGGCUCCUCCCGAGGCGGGGCCGUCGCUAAGCGGAAGAAGAGGCCGCCGCCUGCCGCCCGGACCGCCACCGUCAUGCCGGCCAAGAGGAAGCUGGUGCCGCCGGCCCUCAACAUCACCCCCACCAUCGCCGAGGGACCCAGCCCCACCGGCGGGGAGGGCGACGGCUCCGAAGCGCAUCUCGUUGACCUCCAGAAGAAACUGGAAGAGCUAGAGCUGGACGAGCAGCAAAAGAAGCGGCUGGAGGCUUUCCUCACGCAGAAGGCCAAAGUCGGGGAGCUGAAAGACGAUGACUUCGAGAGGAUUUCGGAACUGGGAGCCGGCAACGGCGGAGUGGUCACCAAAGUGCAGCACAAACCCUCAGGGCUAAUCAUGGCACGGAAGCUGAUUCACUUGGAGAUCAAGCCCGCCAUUCGAAACCAGAUCAUCCGCGAACUCCAGGUGCUUCAUGAGUGCAACUCCCCCUACAUUGUGGGUUUCUACGGCGCCUUCUACAGUGACGGAGAGAUCAGCAUCUGCAUGGAGCAUAUGGAUGGAGGAUCCCUAGAUCAAGUCCUGAAAGAAGCCAAGAGAAUUCCCGAGGAAAUCUUGGGGAAAGUCAGCAUUGCGGUUCUGCGAGGCUUGGCUUACCUUCGAGAGAAACACCAGAUCAUGCACAGAGAUGUGAAGCCUUCUAAUAUCUUGGUGAAUUCUCGGGGAGAGAUCAAGCUUUGUGAUUUUGGGGUCAGCGGACAGCUCAUCGACUCCAUGGCGAAUUCUUUUGUGGGCACGCGAUCCUAUAUGUCUCCCGAGCGUUUACAAGGCACCCACUACUCGGUUCAGUCGGACAUCUGGAGCAUGGGCCUCUCCCUGGUGGAGCUGUCCAUCGGAAGGUACCCCAUUCCCCCGCCGGAUGCCAAGGAACUGGAAGCGAUCUUCGGCCGCCCCAUAGUCGACGGGGCCGAAGGGGAGUCCCACAGCGUCUCACCACGGCCGAGGCCUCCGGGACGCCCCAUUAGCGGGCAUGGAAUAGACAGUCGUCCUGCAAUGGCUAUCUUCGAAUUGCUGGACUACAUUGUUAAUGAGCCGCCUCCAAAGCUGCCAACUGGGGUUUUCACGCAAGACUUCCAGGAGUUUGUAAAUAAAUGCUUAAUUAAAAACCCUGCUGAACGAGCAGAUCUAAAGAUGCUGAUGAAUCACGCCUUUAUCAAGCGCUCCGAGGUGGAAGAGGUGGAUUUCGCCGGCUGGCUGUGUAAGACGCUGCGGCUGAAUCAACCCAGCACUCCCACUCGCACCGCCAUGUGACCGCCAAGCAAACAGCCUUCUUUUCCCCCCUUCUUCUUCUCCUUCUUUUGUGCACCUGCUUGUCUGCUGCCGUUCGCUCUCCCUGCAGCAGAAGAAAGAACCGCCUUUCUUGGCCUGACUCUCCUCCUCCUCCUCCUCCUCCUCUCUUUGCUCCGGAACGGUUUGGAAACUGCCCAAUCAUCCCAACGGCAAGAGCAGAAAUCGGCUGGCUUCCUUACCUUCCUGUUUCGUCGCUCGGUUUCGUUUCUCCUCCCGCAACGGAGCGUGGCUCGCUCUCUGGAGCUUCUGACUCGGGGCGGGGCGGGUGUACAACAGUGCUGCUGCUUUCUUGUUUGCUUCGUUGGGGUCUUUUUUUGUGGGGGGGGGGAGGGAGGA